UUUAUAUCUUUUUGAUAAUAGCUCACAAUUUUUAUUUUGUACUCGAUUGAUUGUACGAAGUUAACGAUGAAUUGAUAAGAUAUAAUGCUGACAAAACACGAAUGAGUACACACAUUUAUAUAUAUUCAUUUAAUAUCUAUAUAUAGUGCUUCUGUUUAAACGUUCCUUUAUAUAUAAUUAUUACAUAGCUGUAUGAUUUGAUCUUGCACUGAACUCAGAUUAGUUACUAUAGUUUUAUACGUAACACUUUUAUACAUGCGUUGCAUCCGCCAUUAUCCUGGUUAUUCAGUUACAUUUGAUAACCACUGAUAUUUUAUUUUUUUCCCAAUCUCACUGCCGGAGCCAUAGCUACAGUAUGGACUUGUAUAAAUGUAUCUUUCGUAAUCUUCUCCGUAAAUGACGCUAUAAUGUCUGACGUCAAAUUGACUGUUACAUUCAUUGACACAUUGACACGUUCAUUGAUGGCACAAUCAUAUCAAUUGUAUAUUUUUUGCCUAUAGCAAAUGGGAUUACAGUAACUUGUGAGAAAGACAUUCUGUUAGAAUUUCGAUCUUCACUCGUUGAAAUAAAAAGAAAGACUGAUCCAGUAAUUAUCAAAGUCAAUCAUGUGAAAAUGUUUAAGUGUUAAAACGUUUAAUUACAAUUAUUUUAAAUUUCCCGCGCAUUACGAUCUUGGUAAUGUUAAACUAUCGUUUAAAUAUUAAUUUGUUAUAUUCCAUGUACAUUAUAAGGAUUGUUUAAAUAAUUAGAAAAUUAUCCAAAGUAUUAAUUUCUAAGCUUUCGCGUUUAAAAAGAUAGAGACUCGAUGUUCACUCGUAGAAAUACAAAAGAAAAUUAAUUCGGUACAAUUAAACUAUAUAGAUCACAAUUUGGAAGUAUUUCGAUUAUCUAGAAAGUUUUAAGAAAUCACUAGUGGUAAAUAAAUACCUAUGAAAAAAGACGCUUAAAGUAAUGCGACUAGAGUGCCCUCUAAGCGGAAACUAUAGAUAAGUAGAGCACGUGUGGUUUAUUCUUCCAUAUUCGAUUAAUCAUUUAGAUACUCAGUUUACAUGUGUCUGUGAAAGCGGAUUAAAGUUCGUUGUUACACGUUACACUGUGCGGAAUUUAUUGAAUCCUACGCUACGUUAUAAAUUGUUUCGUCGAACGUGUAAGAUUCCUCAGUGAAGCGAUUUAGAAUAUUAAUCGCCGAGAGGGUAGAUUAUUGAUAUUUCAUAUAUCAUAUAUAUCUUAUAUAUUUAAUUUUAAUUGUCAUAGAAAUAAAAAUGGAAGAAGUUAAUCCAAAAGCAUAUCCCUUAGCAGAUGCAGCUCUAACCGCUAAAAUUUUAAAUCUUGUAAAACAAGCUGUCGAUUAUCAGCAAUUAAGGAAGGGUGCGAAUGAAGCAGCGAAAACUUUAAAUCGUGGCCUUUCAGAAUUUAUUGUAAUGGCUGCAGAUGCUACACCACUAGAAAUUCUCUUGCAUUUACCAUUGUUAUGCGAAGAUAAGAAUGUACCUUAUGUCUUCGUCCGUAGUAAACAAGCUUUAGGUCGUGCUUGCGGAGUAUCCAGGCCAGUUGUGGCCUGUUCUGUUACAGUUAAUGAAGGAUCUCAAUUGAAGCCACAAAUACAAGCUAUACAACAACAAAUAGAACGUCUAUUGGUUUAAAUUAGAUCUCUGUUCAUUGUACAAUCAUAUUCAAUUCAAGCAUCGAUUUUCUGACUUGCUUGCGUAAGAACAGAUAUUUUUGUCACAUGUGCCUCAUUUACUUGUCUGAUGUAACAGUAAUUAUUAAUCGUAUUGAAAUUUUCAAUAAACAAUAGCAAAAUUCUCUUUGAUCUUCGAAACUAGUAUAGAUUUUUUAAGAUAUACACAUUUUCUCUUUGUAUAUACAGUAUUAGACAUUAAUGGCCGUUGAAGUGGUUCUUUUAACAUUUCAAAUUAUAUAAAUAAUUUAGAAUAACUUCAUAAGAACAUUAUUUCACUUUUAAAUAUUUCAGAAUUAAAAUAUAUCUAAUAAAAGUACUUUUCUCAGAGAUCAUUUUUUAGUUUUUGGAUUUAUUUAAGAAAAUAAUAUGUUUAUUUUUAGAUAAUAAUUUUAUUUUUAUUUCUAUAUUAUCAAUAUAAAUAAAUAAUUACAUUUUGUUAUAGUGGGAAUAAAAAAUUAUUAGUUAAAACAAGGUAGCACGUUUAAAGUCCAAUUAUCGUGCCAACGAAUAUCCUGAAAUUUAAGCAAUUCAUUUUGAAAUUUUUUAUGAAUCUUUUUUUGUGAUUCAUUAACGGGAAAUUGUAGAAACCAUGAUUUCAACUGUGCAGCCAAUUCUUUUUCAUUUGAGAAAACAUAACUAUUUUCAUUGUCUUUCACCAGUUCUGAUAAACUAAAAAAAUUAUAAUCAAUUAUAAUGAAAUUGUAUUAUUUGAUCAUAUACAUAUGCAUACACGUGUAUGCGUAUAAUAGAUACCAUGCAAAAUUAUAUGCGCAAACGGGAAGGCCACAUCCAAACAUAUCAACCACUUUCAUUGGUAAAUCUAAUCCACUGGAAGAUGUAUGAAGACAUAUACCUAAAUCUGCACUAGCUAUAGAAAAUAUUAAAUUUUGAAAAUAAUUAACUUCAUCUUAAGAGAUCGUAAAAUAAUUUUUUCUAUCAUGUAAUAUUUCAACAGACCCAACAUUUUGGGAUAUUCUUCAUUCUCAAGCCACGGCAUGAUAAUUGUAACAUGUUUCCAUUCCUUUAAAUUUAUAAUGGAAGUAUAAAAUUCUUUGAAGGGUCCUUUACCCGUUAUUACACAUAACAAAUCUGAUAGAUGUGCAUCCUUCUCAUCACAAGCACUUUCGUAUUCUACAAUUAAAAAGAACAUGAAGAACUAUAUAAUGGUAUAUAUAUUAAAAUAUUAUAUUAAGUACUAUCCAAAAAUGUACCUUGUAAAGCAUUUAUAAGAAUUGAAAAAUCCUCAUCUUCUGUCCAACUUGAGCUGGAUAUAAUGAAGCCUGGUCUUACAGAUAAUAAAUUUACAUUUUCUGCUGUA